CUCCGCUUCUGUUCUAAUUCAGCUGCUGCUUUUUUUUUCUUUUACCUGCGACCUCCCUAAUCGCUAUAGACUACUCAUUCGCAUAAUUAUUGAACAAAGCUUCGUUCUUCUUAAUUAAGGGUUUGGGGUACUGAUAUGGGUAUAACCGGAUGCUAAUGGGUUUCUGAGGUGGUUUUUGAGCUCAUCGGCUUCUCAGUUUGAAGUCGAGGAUUGCUGGAUUUUGUCUUGAUCGCAAGGCGACGUUGAGGAAAGUGUGCUGGUUAUUACGGAGUGGGAAAAUGACUGGAGUUGCAACUGGGGAGGCUGGAGCUGGAAGAUCAUUUGAAGGGGUUUCAACUGGGCAACAGCAGUCUCGAUGUCAGUCUGGGGAAGCAAUAGCUGAAUGGAGGUCUUCGGAGCAGGUUGAAAAUGGGAGUCCAUCUACUUCGCCCCCGUACUGGGACAGUGAUGACGAUGAUGAUGGAGGACCAAAGCCAUCUGAUUUAUUCGGAAAGUAUACUUGGAAGAUUGAGAAAUUUUCUCAAAUCAACAAAAGAGAACUUCGUAGCAAUGCAUUUGAAGUUGGAGGCUACAAAUGGUAUAUUUUGAUUUAUCCACAAGGCUGCGAUGUCUGCAAUCAUCUUUCUUUGUUUCUUUGUGUUGCAAAUCAUGACAAGCUUCUUCCAGGGUGGAGUCACUUUGCGCAGUUCACAAUUGCUGUUGUGAAUAAAGAUCCAAAAAAGUCCAAAUAUUCUGAUACAUUACAUCGUUUUUGGAAGAAGGAACAUGACUGGGGAUGGAAGAAAUUUAUGGAGCUAUCAAAGGUGCUAGAUGGAUUUAUUGAUGCUGAUAAUUUGAUAAUUAAAGCUCAAGUUCAGGUUAUUAGGGAGAGAGCCGAUCGACCUUUUCGUUGCCUUGACUGUCUAUAUCGGAGGGAACUUGUAAGAGUGUACUUAACGAAUGUCGAACAGAUUUGUCGGCGUUUUGUGGAAGAACGUAGGGCAAAACUCGGAAAACUAUUAGAGGAUAAAGCUACAUGGUCUAGUUUCUGUGCUUUCUGGUUGGGUAUUGACCAAAGUUCCCGCCGCCGUAUGUCCCGAGAGAAGUCAGAGUCCAUUCUGAAAGUUGUUGUGAAACAAUUUUUCAUAGAAAAGGAGGUGACAUCCACUCUUGUCAUGGAUUCUUUGUAUAGUGGUUUGAAAGCCCUUGAAGGCCAGAAUAAGGGUAAAAAGAGUAAGGGCAAGUAUUUAGAGGCAGAAGAAUUACCAGUUCCUAUAGUUGGCAUUGAGAAAGAUACGUUCAUUUUGGUGGAUGAUGUAUUGCUACUGCUAGAGCGGGCAGCUAUGGAACCGUUGCCUCCAAAGGAUGAGAAGGGUCCCCAAAAUCGUACUAAGGAUGGGACUGUAGGAGAGGAGUUCAACAAAGAUUCUAUUGAACGUGACGAGAGGAGACUUACUGAAUUGGGUAGACGAACUAUUGAGAUAUUUGUAUUGGCCCACAUAUACAGUAAAAUUGAGGUGGCAUACCAAGAGGCCGUUGCCCUCAAGAAGCAAGAAGAACUCAUCCGUGAAGAGGAGGAAAAAUCCAGGCGAGGAGUUGAUAAGGAAAAAAAGUCUAAAAAGAAACAGGCAAAACAGAAAAAGAAUAACCGAAAAGGAAAGGAUAAAGUGAAGGAUGACAAACCAGGCUGCACUGUCCAUGACAUGAUUGAGCAAGAUAGUUCUUCAGCUGAAAGAAUAGAAAUAGCUGCUGAGCCAGAAACUGUACUUGAAAAAUCUGACGCAGUUGAAGAUGCUUCUGAUGCAUCUGAUUCUGUAGAUGGUGUUCCCGAAAUACUCCUACCUGAUUCUGACGAUAGAGAUGUCAGUCCUGUCAAAUCGGAUACAGGUACUUCUGAAGUGCACCCCCCCACAGGAGCGCCGGGCAGUGUUACUAGAGGUCUUCCUACUGGGCAGAAUGGCACAGAAGGAAGACCUCUAUCUGCUGUAGAUGAUAGCUCUUCAAAUUGUUCCUCUGACUCUGUGCUUUCUGUUAGAAGUGGGCCACAGAAAGGCAAUUCAUAUGAUAAAAACAUAAAAUCUCCUAGCAGAGGGAGGAACAGCCAUAGCAAGAAGACUUCUGGCACAUGUGAGUGGGUUAAUGAAGAACCUAGGCAACCAUUUGAAGCUGUUCAAAAUGCAAGGAACACAAAUGACACAUCUCGAUGUCCGAAUGGUGCUGAACAGCCAUCUCAGGCUGCUGGUCAGUCUUUGCAGGAGAAGGUGAGAAAUGGGAAUGUGCAGAAAGCAGGGAAAAAGGUUGAAGAAACUGGUUCCCUGCAUAACAUUUCGAAGACUAAAAAUGACAUUGAAGUUGAAGCACGUGGGGAUAAUGGUGCGCGUGUAACUUCCUCGCUCAAGAGCCCUUCAAAUGGAACACUACUAGCUGCUCCAGUGAAGGUGGAUACAAGGAGCAAUGCUUCAGUUAGUCAAGUCCUGGUCAAGAAACCAUCCUCAAAUAGUCCUAAACAAGCUGUCAACCCUGUACUUUCAGUGAAUUCAUCUGAAAAUACUCCCAUAUCGAAACCUGUACCUCAAAAAUUUGCUACCUUAAGACCUGCUGACAAGCCUGCUGGAUAUCAAAAGCACACUGUGAAUGAGAAGAUUCUGACACAGGAAGUGAUUGAAACUGCCCAGCAGAAGCCUGCAGCCUCGAAACCUGCCGAGAAACCCUCUGGACAGAAACCCGUUGGAACUGAAAAGCUUUCCUCACAUGAAGUGCCUGCCACGUCCGACAAGCCCUCCAUUCCGCCGAUACCCGUUAUGUCAAGACCCUUGAGUGCCCCUCUAGUAGCUGGUCCCAGGCCUACAGUUUCCAUGGUUUCGAUGGUGCAAACAGCACCAGUGCUGGCGCGAUCAGUUAGUGCUGCUGGUCGACUGGGCCCCGAAAGUACUGCAUAUGGAUCACAGAAUUAUGUUCCUCAGUCCUAUCGAAAUGCUAUGAUGGGUGGUCCUAGUGCUGGAAGUUCAUCUACCUAUUCUCAUAAUCAUUCUGCCAGUUCAGUGGUAAAUACAUCACAUUCUUACUCACAAGCACCCACUCUUGUAUCGGCGCCACUGUUUCCCUCCCACAGCUCCGAUAGAAUCGAUACUAAUCCGACCAAGCCGAGCCUCUCAUUUGGGAUGUUGAAUAAUCAUGAUAAUAUGUUGCAGAAUGGGACUAUGUGGAUGGAUCGCCCUCAGAGGGUAGUGGAUGGUAACAGAAAUCUACAUCGUGAUCAUAAUUCCCUGGCGAGUGAGCUUCAUGGUCUUGAAUUGAAUGGUACAAUUAAUAGCAGAUCUCAGGACCAACUCCCAUCUGAAUAUCCAGCCUGCACGUCGGGUCGCCUAAGCAACCAUGUACUUCCUGAUGAGUUCCCACACCUCGACAUCAUCAACGACUUGCUUGAUGACGGUCAUGGAGUUGGAAUGUCGUCCAGAAUGAACUCUGACUAUCAAAUGUUCAGCAGCACGCCCCAUCACAUCAACAGGCAGUAUACCUUCCCUGGCGACCCCAACAUGUCAGGUGGGGCCGGUCCGUCAGCAAGCGCGUGCAGAUUUGACAGAACAAGAAGUUAUCACGACGACGGGUACCAACAUAGUUAUGGCACGCCCGGGAGAAGUUACGACACACUCAGGGAUAUGGUCCCACCGGGCAGUUCUCGGCCUUAUGCAAAUGGACAGGCUGAUAGUUACAUGGCGAGCCAGUGGCAGAUGUCGGGUUCGGAUCCACAGUUGAGGAACAUGGACAGUGAUGGCUAUUCCUAUCAUUUACCAGAGUAUCAGAACCUCAGUGCUGGCAUCAAUGGCUACACAGCAUUCAGACCUUCAAAUCGACCUUGAAAAGCUUGAAAUAGGCCUAAAACUCAGUUUGUACUACGAAAUAAUUUGUCAAAGGGGAAGAAAAAAGAAGUUAUGAUUUUUAGAUUUGAAGUUGAGGUUGUCACCUUUAUGCUAAAGAUUACAUCUUGUAAAGGGUUAUUCUUUCUGCCUUUUUUCUUUUUCUCAAAUGUUGAGGUUCCUGAAUAAUGUUGGUCUCAAUUUUAGCACUUUCUUGAA